CAACCAGUUGGUGCGAGUUGCUCGAACGCGUCGGUUGGCUUUUUUCAAAGCUCGUUUAGUGGUGCAAAUUUUUUUAGGAACGAAACUAAAUAAAAAGGUUUACUGUAAAUUAUCUGUAGAAGAGGCCAGUGUAGAAUAGAAGAAUAAUUUUUAGACAAUUAAUUCCUGACCAUAUAAUAUCCAUGCUUGCCGAGUUAUCAAAGGACUAUUUACAUACUAUAUAAACUGAAAAUAAAGUGCAUAGUUCUGCAAGAACUAUUUACAUCACAUUAUGGCUGAUAAUACAACUCAUCCCAUGGAUGAGUUUUGUGGCUCUAAGUUUUGGGACUCAAAUGAGACGUGGUGGACAAGUAAUCCAGAUUUUACAAAAUGCUUUGAAAAGACUGUAUUGGUAUGGGGUCCAUGUGCCUUUCUAUGGGUGUUCACCAUGUUCGAUUUUUACUAUCUGAAAGCAAGUUUGGAUCGAAAUAUACCUUGGAAUAAACUAAAUAUAAGCAAAUUAGUUGUGAAUGGUGCAUUGCUAAUUCUUUCGGCAACAGAUUUUGUGAUGGCAUUGGUGAAAAAGGGAGAUGAGGCAACGGCUGCGCUUAUCUAUCCAAUUGACAUCUGGGGACCUGUGAUAAAGUUUGCCACUUUUCUGCUGCUUUUCAUCUUUAUACCACUUAAUCGUAAAUAUGGUGUGCAGACAUCGGGUGCCCAAUUUCUCUUUUGGUUUCUGCUUGUAAUAUUUUCAAUACCUCAGUGUCGAACCGAAGUACGUGAAAAUAACGAGCGCAAUGAGGUAUUAAACUCUGAAGCAGCAGACAAGCCCGAUUAUUCGUGGGAUGAAUACAAUUAUGUAAGCUAUAUGAUUUAUUUCGCUUUGUCAUGUGCCAUGUUGCUGCUGAACUGCUUCGCGGAUGCCAUGCCAAGAGAAACCAAAUACAAACGCACCAAUAAAGAGAUACCGGAAAGUUCGGCUAGUUUCUUAUCCCGUAUCACAUAUACUUGGUUCGAUGGUAUGGCAUGGAAAGGUUACCGCAAACCUUUGGAAGAGGAAGAUCUGUGGGACUUGCGGCCACAGGACAGCUGUAAGGAAGUCAUGCCAAUAUUUGCUUACUAUUGGAAUAAAAACGUGCGCAAGAAUUCUAAAAGUCAAACGCCACCACAACCAAAAGCGCAGUACAGUAAUGGUAAGGUGGAAUUUGAAAACCCACAUGGACAUACGAGCGGUAAAAAGGGUGUGACGUCAAUCAUGCCUCCAAUUAUUAAAUCAUUUGGUGGAGUAUUUUUGCUCGGCUCGCUGAUGAAAUUGAUUUGUGAUUUACUAACGUUUGCACAACCUCAAGUGCUUAGUUUGGUCAUUGGCUUCGUAGAAGAUUUUUCCGACGAUGAAAAGGAGAGACAACCUGAAUGGAAGGGAAUCCUUUACUCAGCACUUCUUUUCAUUACUGCUGCUGCACAAACUUUUAUGUUGGGACAAUAUUUCCAUCGCAUGUUCGUAGUUGGUCUACGUAUACGCACUGCGCUUAUCAAUGCAAUCUAUCGCAAAGCUUUGGUCAUCUCAAAUGCAACACGUAAAGAAUCGACUGUAGGCGAAAUUGUCAAUUUGAUGGCUGUAGAUGCACAGCGCUUUAUGGAUUUAACAACAUAUUUGAAUAUGAUUUGGUCAGCGCCGUUACAAAUUGCGUUGGCUAUGUACUUUUUGUGGCUACAAUUGGGCCCGUCGGUGUUAGCCGGUUUGGCUGUGAUGAUCAUUUUGAUACCACUGAACGGUGUCAUAGCCAAUCGCAUUAAAGUAUAUCAAAUCAGACAAAUGAAGUACAAAGAUGAACGUGUCAAGCUAAUGAAUGAGGUGUUAAGCGGCAUUAAAGUACUUAAAUUAUAUGCUUGGGAGCCAAGUUUCGAGAAUCAAGUACUGCGGAUACGUGAAAAGGAAAUCGCAACUCUAAAAGCCACAGCUUAUCUCAACGCCAGUACUUCGUUCUUAUGGUCAUGUGCUCCCUUUUUGGUAUCAUUGGUCACAUUUGCCACAUAUGUUUUAGUUGAUGAAAAUAAUGUUCUCGAUGCAACUAAAAUAUUCGUAUCAUUAUCAUUAUUCAACAUUUUGCGCUUCCCAUUAAUAAUGUUGCCCAUGUUGAUAACCAACAUGGUACAAACACAAGUAUCUGUCCAACGUAUUAACAAGUUUAUGAAUAGCGAGGAAUUGGAUCCAAAUAGUGUCCAGCAUGAUCCCAAAGAAUCCGAUCCCAUGGUCAUAAGGAAAGGCGUUUUCUCCUGGGGUGAUGGCGAAGAAACAUUGAAAAAUAUUGAUAUGACGGUGAAAAAGAAUACUCUAUGUGCAGUUGUGGGUACUGUUGGCUCUGGUAAAUCAUCACUCAUACAAGCGCUGCUUGGUGAGAUGGACAAAUUAUCGGGUCGCGUGAACACCAUAGGCUCUAUUGCCUAUGUACCGCAACAGGCUUGGAUACAGAAUGCUACUGUACGUGAUAAUAUUCUAUUCGGCUCAGAAUAUGACCGAAAACGUUACAAUCGCGUUAUAGAUGCUUGCGCUUUGCGUUCAGAUAUCGAAAUACUGUCGGCGGGCGAUCAAACGGAAAUCGGCGAAAAGGGCAUUAAUUUGUCUGGUGGUCAAAAACAGCGCAUCUCAUUGGCACGUGCUGUUUACAAUAAUGCCGACUUAUACCUGCUUGAUGAUCCAUUAAGUGCUGUGGAUUCACAUGUGGGUAAACAUAUUUUCGAAGAGGUAAUCGGGCCGAAUGGACUUUUAGCGAAAAAGACACGUGUGCUGGUCACACACGGCAUUACGUUCCUGCCACAAACGGAUAAUAUAUAUGUAAUGAAAAUGGGAGAGAUUAGCGAAAGUGGCACCUAUCAAGAGCUAUUGGCACGUAAAGGUGCCUUUGCGGAAUUCAUUAUACAACAUCUGCAAGAGGCUGCAGAAGAAGUUGAAGAUUUAGAUGAGAUUAAACAACAAUUGGAGGGCACAGUUAAAUCAGAAGAACUCUUGGGGACAUUUGAAAAGGUCAUAUCCCUAGCACGUACUGAAAGUCUAUCAGAUUCUGUCUCUGUGAAAUCGUUCGAUAGCAGUAAAGGCAGUUUGAGGCGGCGAAAACUGAGUCGUAAAGAUUCUGAGGUUUCAGCAGUUUCGUCAGUGACACAACAGCAAAAAAGGGGCAUAGACGAGGGUAAACUAAUUGAAACUGAGAAAUCGGAAACUGGUGGCGUACAAUUAGCUGUUUACAAGCAUUACAUCACAAGUGUUGGUAUUUUCCUUUCGGCUGCUACAUUAAUCUUGAACUUUGUUUACCAAGCUUUUUCGAUUGGCUCAAACUUGUGGCUAACUCAGUGGUCGAAUGACAAACGUGUAGAAAAUGACACUAGUCUGCGCGAUAUGUACUUGGGUGUCUAUGGCGCUUUUGGCUUCGGACAAGGUUUGUUUGCCUAUUUCGCCGUUAUUCUGCUGUACACUGGCGCUCUGAGGGCAGCCAAUUUGCUUCAUAACGAUCUACUACAACAUAUAAUACGCGCAUCAGUUUGUCAGUUCUUCGAUAUCACGCCAAUAGGACGUCUAUUGAAUCACUUUAGCGGCGAUAUGGAAGUUAUCGAUGAAGAAUUGCCCGGCACAUUGGAUAGUUUUUUUACACUUAUUUUUAUGGUUUUAGCCACUAUUGUGGUAAUUAGCAUGUCGACGCCGAUUUUCUUGGCAGUCAUUGUGCCCAUUGCGUUAUUGUACUACUUUGCGCAACGAUUCUAUGUCGCCUCAUCCCGACAAUUGAUGCGUUUGGAAUCAGUUUCGCGAUCGCCAAUUUACACACAUUUCAGCGAAACGAUCACGGGUGUGACAACGAUACGCGCCUACUCAGUGCAAGAUCGCUUCAUUGAUGAAUCUGAUAUUCGAGUGGAUAAAAAUCAAGUCUGCAAAUAUCCCUCAUUGAUAGCGAAUCGUUGGCUCGCCAUUCGUCUGGAAAUGGUUGGCAAUCUAAUCAUUCUCUUCGCUGCAUUAUUCGCUGUAUUGGGUGGUCAAUCGAAUCCUGGCCUAGUUGGUCUUUCCGUAAGUUAUGCCUUGCAGGUGACCCAGACGCUUAAUUGGUUGGUGCGUAUGACGUCCGAUAUUGAGACAAACAUUGUGGCUGUGGAACGUAUUAAGGAGUAUGGUGAGACCAAACAGGAGGCACCUUGGGAAUUGGAGAACUCGAAAGUGCCACGCGAUUGGCCAGUGCAAGGUCAAGUGGUGUUUGAAAAUUUCAAAGUGCGUUAUCGUGAGGGCCUGGAUUUGGUUUUACAAGGCAUUAGUUUUACGAUUGCGGGUGGUGAGAAAGUCGGUAUUGUCGGUCGCACUGGUGCCGGAAAAUCAAGUCUAACCCUGUCUCUAUUCAGAAUUAUCGAGGCAGCUGGUGGACGCAUUCUCAUUGACGGCAUAGACAUUGCAACUCUGGGGCUGCAUAUGCUACGCUCACGACUAACAAUUAUUCCGCAAGAUCCGGUGUUAUUCUCUGGCACACUUCGCAUCAAUUUAGAUCCAUUCGAAUUGAAAUCGGAUGACGAGCUUUGGAAAGCGUUGGAACUAUCCCAUUUGAAGGCGUUCGUUAAGACACUUCCUGCUGGCUUAAAUCAUGAGAUUAAUGAAGGUGGUGAAAAUUUAUCUGUAGGACAACGCCAGUUGGUGUGUCUAGCUCGCGCCUUAUUGCGUAAGACGAAAGUUUUGGUGCUUGACGAAGCGACAGCCGCUGUGGAUUUAGAAACUGACGACUUAAUUCAAAAAACAAUUCGAUCGGAAUUUAAGGAUUGCACUGUGCUAACAAUUGCCCACCGCUUGAAUACAAUAUUAGACUCGGACAAGGUUAUCGUACUGGACAAGGGGGAAAUUACUGAGUUUGCUUCACCUACAGAACUACUGGAUAAUCCCAACUCGGCAUUCUACAGCAUGGCAAAGGAUGCCAAUCUAGUGUAAAUGUACUAUUUAAUUAAUAUGGUUUUUCGUGAUGAAGAAUUUGAGUUCAGAAUUAAGCAGGAUAAAGUUAACAUUAUUGAAUGCGCCAGUAUAGUACUUAUUUGUAAAAAACAAAAAAAUCAACUACUUAUAACGGAUAAACAGACGAACAACUAUUAAUAAACAUUUUUACACUCACACUACUAAGCGAGAUUUGCAUAGACACAAAAAUUAAGAGACAAAAUUUGGUUUCAUUUUUGUGCGUUAUUAUUUCUAUUUACUGUUUGUUUGGACUUACUCAUAAUACGAUACAUAAUAGUUGUUCAAUUGUUCAGAAGUAAUAGUUAAACUUAUUUUAUAUUUUGUAUGCAUGUAGUUCUUAAAAUUAUUGCACUGUUAUGUACCUAACAUACAUACAUAGAUAAACACAAAAACAAAAGAAAAAAUGUUACAAACGUACAUGGCAACGUGUACAACAACCCGUUAAUAUUAAUGCGACACCAACAAAUACUUAAUUUCAAGUGUGCACGUUUCAAUCGUUACUUAAUUGACAUAUUUACGAUUAUACAAUAUUGUUUUGUUUCUCUCCUACUUGUUCAAGUGUGCGAAGUUCCGAUGAGAAGCGAAAUUCAAACAAAUAAUCGAUUGUGAUAACUGAUGUAGCAAAAUUUCUACUGAUGUAGUAAAUCUACCUCACGUUGCACCAUUGAAGCGGAUAUUUAUAUAUGGAAGCGAUUUCAUAAUGCAUAACUGCGUGUCCUCAUUUGUCUUUAAACGAGUAUAGGGCUAAUAUGGAUUGGUGUCGAAAUUCUGUAUGUACAAAAUUCUAAAAACAAAAUUCUGCUUUUUAAAAUUCUGCUUUUUUAAAAUUCUGCUUUUUUAAAAUUCUGCUUUCUAAAAUUCUGCUUUCAAAAUUCUGUAUUACAAAAUUCUGUAUUAAAAUACAAUGUUAACAAUGUUAAAGAGGGAAUGUAAUUAUUUAAUUUAUUAUUAUUAUUUUUUAUUAUUAUUCCAGAUAUUAAAUAAAAAAUAAUAAUAAUAAUAAUAAUUUUUUCUUCAGUUUCGAUAGAAUCCACAGUAUUUUUGCGUAGAACUUCUUUUCGCGUGGGCGGCCUUCGGCCGCACUUCAAAAAGAUAACCCUCAUCAGUCCAACUCAGGCUACGCAAUCCACCGUAUUUUUGCGUAGAACUCUUCUAAAAAAAACGAACAGCUGCGAAGAAUUAUUAAGAAAAGAAAUGAAUUAAGUCAUACUACAUAUUUAAAAAGAAUUCCAAAAAAUAUUGUAAUUGGCUAAACUAAAGUAUUGUUGUCGCUUAAACAUAUACAUAUGUAUAUUUAUGGAAUAAAUGUUUAUUUUGUUACUUCUUGUAUGACGAAAAUCACAAAACUUGAAUAAAGCAGAAUUUUUCGCAUUAAACAUGCAGAAUUUUGAAAAAGCAGAAUUUUAAAAAAGCAGAAUUUUUUUGCAAUUUACAGAAUUUUGUAAUACAGAAUAAUGACACGCUCCCGCUAAUAUUACUUUGCAAAUACUAUCAAAUUGUAAUAGUUUUUUCACCUUAAAGUUUUUCAAUUUGAAUUGUUAAUUUUUGUGUUAGCAUAAGUGUAAAUAGUGUGAUUUUUUUAUUGUCUUCAAUUAUGUUUCGCAUAAAAAUAAAAACUGAAACCUAUAACUUAGAUAUAUUGCUAUUAUAAAUUUAGCGACUUAUAUAUAAACACCCUAUUGUUCAUUAUUGAUAAAGAAAACAAAAGAAAAAAGGAAUUUUGUAAUUAAUAUUUAACUAAGUUAAUGCGGAUGGCCUUCUGAUACUUAGCAUCAUGGAACUAAAUUAGAUGUACGAUUUUUUAACUUUAUAGAUACAUUUUUUGCUAGAAUGUCAACACUAUAAAUAUGAUAAUGUAUAUUUUUUGUAUCAUUACAAAGUGAAAUGAGAAUAAAGCGUGUUAUAUAUGUGCAUAUAAUACAAAUGUACAAAUCCA